AUGUCUUCCGCUGCCUGCAUCUUCUGCAAGAUCAUCAAGGGUGAUAUCCCUUCUUUCAAGCUCUUCGAGAGCGACAAGGUCUUUGCCUUCCUCGAUAUCCAGCCUCUUAGCCGUGGACAUGCUCUCGUGAUCCCCAAAUACCACGGAGCCAAGCUCACCGACAUCCCCGACGAAGAUCUUCAGGAAAUCCUGCCCGUCGCAAAGAAGAUCGCCAAGGCCACUGGCGCCGAGGACUUCAAUAUCCUCCAGAACAACGGUCGCAUAGCGCACCAGGUUGUUGAUCAUGUUCACUUCCACAUGAUCCCCAAGCCUAACGAGAAGGAAGGUCUCGGUGUCGGCUGGCCCGCUCAGGAAACCGAUAUGGAUAAGCUGAAGGCUCUGUUCGAGGAGCUCAAGGCUAAGAUGUAA